CCAUAUUAAUACUCAUAUGAAAGUAAAUUUCGUAAAUGUAAAUAGUAUUCUAUGUUAAAUUACAAUUUGCGGCCUUUUCAGAGACUAGAAUUUAAAUUUCGAAGUCAUAAUGAAAAAAAAUGCGAUUUUAACAGAUACAACAUUAUAUGAGCACUAUAAUGAUAAUUCGUUUUAUAUAGGUUUAGGUCUUGCAAUUUCAUCAAGUAUCUUCAUAGGUUCUAGUUUCAUUAUAAAAAAGCUAGCGUUGAAAAAGAUAAUAGCUUCCGGAAAUGUAAGAGCUGCAGCAGGAGGCUUCGCGUAUUUAAAACAAUGGAUGUGGUGGCUGGGAUUAAUAACAAUGAGCAUUGGUGAAGCAGCUAAUUUGUUAGCAUAUGCAUUUGCUCCAGCUGCAUUAGUAACUCCACUUGGUGCCCUGAGUGUCCUGGUAGCUGCUGUGCUUUCUUCAAAGUUUUUAAAUGAGAAGUUGAAUUUUAUGGGGAAGAUUGCCUGUUUUCUAUGUAUUAUUGGAUCAAUUGUAUUUGUUAUUCAUUCUCCGAAAUCAGAAGAAAUUAAAAACUUUUCGGAAGUUGUGAAUAUGCUAUGUGAAUUUUUAUUUAUAUCAUACAUGGCAACAGUCCUUCUAAUGUGCUUUAUAAUCAAAAUAGUGUUUGUGCCAAAGUUUGGAAAUACAAAUAUUACUUUAUACUUAUUGCUAUGUUCUGCUAUUGGGAGUUUGACUGUAGUAUUUUGUAAGGCUGUAGCCUUAGGCAUAAAAGAAUUUGUUACUUCUGGUGUCAAUAAUCUAGUCAAUUUUUAUUUUUGGCUUCUCAUUGUAAGUGCAAUUAUAUGCAUUAUGUUACAAAUGAAUUACUUAAACAAAUCCCUAGACAUAUUUAAUACUAGUAUUGUAACACCUGUAUAUUAUGUGAUGUUCACUGUUUUAGUGAUAAUUUCAUCUGGUAUUUUAUUUCGAGAAUGGGAACACAUGACUGCUGAAGAUAUCUUAGGGUGUGUUUGUGGUUUUUUAAUAGUGAUGACAGCAAUUUUCAUGUUAAACGCUUUCAAAGAUGUUCAAAUAUCAUUUAAAGACCUAAAUUUUAAUUUAAGACAAAGAAGAAGCAUGGUCAGUAAUGAUGAAAGGAUAGAUUCAAAUAAUUACAUCUUAGAAAUACCUAGAAACAGGCAUAUAUGACACAAUUAAUGUUACUGACAUAACUUGUUGAAUGCCAACAUCAGUCAUGUACUACAAAAACUGAAGUGUCUAAAGAAAAAUAAAACAAAUGAUACUGAAAA